UCUGUGCAGGCUGCCUGCAGUUGUCGAACAGCCGGGGCCGUGCGGGUUGCUUCGAGUCGCGUCGCCGUGAAUUCGAGCAAAGUGGGAUAUAAAUUAGUGGAUUGUAAUUGCUCGACGGUUUAAAGUUUGACAUUUGUCGACGUUUAGAACCAUGCAUUGCGCGAUAGUUGCCGUGACUGCGCUGCUGCUGGCGAGCGCCCUGGCCGAGCCCGCUGUGUACUUCAAGGAGCUCUUUGACGACGGAGAUGCCUGGCAAGACCGGUGGGUGGUAUCGAAACACAAGUCCGACUAUGGCAAGUUUGUGCUCUCUGCCGGCAAAUUCUACGGCGACGCCGAGAAGGAUAAAGGUCUGCAAACGAGUCAAGAUGCCCGGUUCUACGCACUCUCCGCUGGCUUCGACAGCUUCAGCAACAAGGACAAGACCCUGGUGAUCCAGUUCACCGUGAAGCAUGAGCAGAACAUCGACUGCGGCGGUGGCUACAUCAAGCUCUUCCCUAAGGACAUGAACCAGGAGGAGAUGCACGGCGACUCCCAAUACUUCAUCAUGUUCGGGCCAGACAUUUGCGGGCCAGGAACCAAGAAGGUUCACGUCAUCUUUAACUACAAGGGCAAGAACCACCUCAUAAACAAGGACAUACGCUGCAAGGAUGACGAGUACACCCACCUGUACACGCUGAUCGUGAGGCCAGACCAGACCUAUGAGGUCAAGAUCGACAACAAGAAGGUUGAGUCUGGCAGCCUGGAGGAAGACUGGGACAUCCUGCCGGCCAAGAAGAUCAAGGACCCCGAGGCACACAAGCCCGAGGACUGGGAGGACCAGUCCAAGAUUGACGACCCCACCGAUGUCAAACCAGAGGAUUGGGAAAAGCCAGAGCACAUUCCUGACCCCGAUGCCAAGAAGCCGGAAGAUUGGGAUGACGAGAUGGACGGAGAGUGGGAGCCACCCAUGGUGGAGAAUCCCGAGUACAAGGGAGAGUGGAAACCCCGCCAAAUUGACAACCCUAAGUACAAGGGAGUGUGGGUGCACCCAGAGAUUGACAACCCAGAGUACGCACCCGACUCCAACAUCUACCUCUCGGAGAAUAUCGGGGUCAUCGGUCUGGAUCUCUGGCAGGUGAAAUCUGGAACGAUAUUCGACAGCUUCCUCAUCACCGACGACGAGAAGUAUGCCGAGACCAUUGGUGAGGAGACGUGGGGAGUCACCAAGGAAGGUGAGAAGAAAAUGAAGGAGGCGCAGGAUGAAGAGGAGAGAAAGAAACGUGACGAGGAGAUGAAGAAUCAUCCUGAGCCAGACGACAAAGAUGACGGCGGUGACGAUGACGAUGACGACGAUGAUGAUGCAGACAAGGCGAAGGACGACUUUGAUGAGCCUGAAGAUGACGAUGAUGAAGAUGACCCAAAACCUAAGGACGAGUUGUAAUUACGGCUUGUACCCCCCCCACACACACGUUCAAAUUGAGGAUGAAUUGAUGCUGCAGUGUUUGGGUUUGAGUAAGUGUAAUUUUAUUGCCUGUGCGCAUUUAAUACUAUUGCAUCCAGAUAUUGUCCAGGUGAUUUGGGUUUUUAUUGCUCCGCUAGGGCGUGCCAUGCAUUACCUUGGUACAACAUCACAUUUUUACCUGACAUUGACUUAUUGGCAUCAUUUGAUUUUUUUGAAGCUAGCGUCACACAAGGUAUCGAUACUUGAUGAACUGGCGACAUUGUGGAUCCUGUCGUUUUUUUGAACGAAGGCAAACCAAACAAGUGUAAGAUGGGGUAGGCCGGGGGUGGAGGGGGGGGGGGGAGAUGCGCGUAAUACAUUGAAAACUAUAAUUUAACUUUAAGCUUGUUUGAUUUGGCCUUCGUCAUAGCCAUUCGCAUUGACACCCGGUGGUCGUGAUGAUUGGGAAGUCUUUGUGCGGCCCGCGCAACAACCUGUGGGUCCUCGCCAUCAACUUUGACAAGCAGAGGGAGCGAGAAAGCAGUGCCUUGCCUGCACCGGAAGCUCCAUUCCUUUUUGAGGUUUAGGGCACUCGGCACAACCAACGCACGCACUCGCUCGCUCGGUGUCUUGCGAUAAUUUAUUAACGACGGGGAACGCAGGCCGGGUUGUCGCGUGCACGCCCACGUCAGGUUGGUCUUCACGUUCACUUGUUUUGGUGCGCGACAAGCUUGCCGUGCGCCGUUUGUCCUUAAUAUCGUUUCAUGUGUGUCUGGAGUGCUGCGCUUUUGUUCCGUGCUGUUGUGACCAUUGGCGCAUAGCUGUGGGUGGCUACUGUGUUAAUGCACGCUGUGGAGCAGAGUUCAAAUUAAAUUUGUUCUCGCCAUUCGCUCGCGUCGCUUGCAGUAGCGUGCUGCGCUGUUUUCAAUGGCGCAACGACAUCAUGUUGGCGGUAUAGUGUGUGCUCGCCUAGCCCAACGGUUCAUGGAGGAAAAUGGGGGUAUGGGUUUUGAGUUGGUAAGGAUGGGUUUCUACUAAAUCAAAUAGUGCUGUUUUCUCAACUUUGGAAACUGAUGCCCUUGCCAUUCUAACCAAGGUGGGGGCAGGGGGGGGGGGGGGGGAGAUUCUACUUUUUCUUUCCAUUUAAUUAUUUUUUUAAACGUGCAAGCACCGUCCUGCAAUUUUUUUUAAGUUACUUUAUGUUUGGGGGGAAGCAAAGUUAUCAGUCGCAGGUGUUUAUUACCAUAGGCUUCAACUGUAAAUACAUGCCACAGGAAUUUAAACCCGCCCUGUGCAACAUUGUUUUGUAUGUUUAUUACAAUUGGAAUUAAACAUGUCAAGAAAGCCCCUUUUCCCAUCAAAUUCAUGCCGUUCUGUUUGAGUCUCGUUUGCAUCUCCACGUGGUAAUGGGAACACCUUUAAAAUCCUGUGUAAAACUUCGCCUUACUGACCGAUGAAGCAUAAUUUGUUUUAAAAUAAAUGCAAUAGUCUACUGGGAGCUA